AAACCACAAAUACAGGCACAAAAGCGGUAACGCGGUUACAGUUGGUUUAUUUUUAUUACUGUACUUGUUAUUUGUGUCAGUUUGUGAAUUGUAAUAUUCCAAAAUAGUUUAAUCUGACCAGAAAAGAGUCAUGCGCUUACGUUUUCCUCUUUCCUUGUUUUACUCUAGUUAAUUUCUGUCGGUUUACCGUUUACUGUUUCCGCUUCCAGUGAUGUAAACUAUUUGACUGACUGUUGGUUGUGCAUCUGCUCAUUCCUGUUGAUAUCGCACGAUUUACACCCAAGGUUUUUCCCUGACAGCAAAGUGAUCGCGGAGUAAAUUUCGGAUUGCUUUCCUACAUCGGUAAACAUUCCGCAUCUUCCGCGACUCCAGGUCGCUGGCAUAUUCCGUCGAUUAUCCGUUAAAAAAUUGCUGCGAAGAGCCUGUCGACGAAGGGGCAUUAUGCGGGUCGAUGUAGCAACUUCCAGAACCACGAUGUCUGAAGAAGACGAUAUCCCCGGGAAGGUUCGCGAAAUCCAUGCAUUGCUGGCCAGUGCCAGCUCUGCGAACACAGAGCGACUGCGCCAGAUGGCCGUUCUACCUGGCGGACUUUUGACGAAUAAAAUUCGUCAGCAAGCGUGGCCUAGAAUUCUCGAUAUAAAUCCCUUUGCAAAACAUGACGAACCAACUGAAGAGGACAUGAAGGAGCACCGAGAUGCGCGUGUGGUGGACUUGGAUGUCGAGAGAUUGCUCAAAAGAUAUCCGCCUGAUUUGGAUUCGGAAGUCCGCGAUGAAAUGCAGGAUGUGUUGAAGCGCGUAAUUAUGAGGACACUACACGGCACAGAUUAUCAUUACUACCAAGGAUUCCAUGAUAUCGCCAUCACCGUGCAUUUGGUGCUUCGCGAUGAAAACCUGACGGUGGCCGUUCUUCGAAAACUUUGCCAGACUCAUUUCCGCGUUUUCAUGACGCCAACGUUAUUAGAUACGGUUACUAUGCUGCAGUUCAUUUAUCCACUGAUCCGCAGAUGUAACCCCCAUCUCCAUGAUUUUUUAAUACGGUCAGACAUUGGCACAAUGUUUGCUUUGCCAUGGCUUAUCACUUGGUACAGUCACAACAUACAAGAAAAUGUUCCCCUAACACUGGUUGUUCGCCUGUGCGAUCUGUUUAUUGCCUCCGAUCCCCACAUGCCGAUCUACCUGGGCGCUGCUAUAGUGAACAGCCUGUCGCAUCGGAUCCUGUCGUUGCCUGAGGAUCAGGCCGAAGUUCACGGAUUUCUCAAUUAUCUCCCCACCACUCUUUCAUGGGAAACGUUAAUCAAAGACGCCCUGGAUCUUUACCUUCAAUUCCCUCCUGCCACGAUUGCCCCGGAGGCUGAACGUGUACCACAGCUUCAGGAAGAGGCUCGCGAAAACAAAUUUACCAGACCAACGAAAAAGCCACCGGCGAUCGCACCCCAACAUGACCGUUCGUGGAUGAAAUUUGGUAUGGCAGCCGGCAUUGGUGUUGUUAUUGUGGCGAUACUCAUUGCCCGAUACUAUUCGCGCUCUUCCAUUUCCGACCCGGCUUCCGAUGGCCAGAAGUUGGCCAGUCCUCCCAAUGAUUUGUGAUGGUGAUUUUUGUACAGGAAUGAACAAGAGAGAUUUCCUGUUUUUCGUUUAACCUCGCGUAUGAAGUUUUAUUAACCAGUUUUGUCAGAUCAUUUAUGAGAUUUGUUUGGCAUAGUUGACAAUUUUCGUACCUGAACGUGGUUAUGAUGUAUGUGUUUGACGAUUCUGUGUUUACACGAAAACUGCAAAGAAGGAAGAGAUUUCGCAGAA